AUGAUGACUCCCCGAAUCUGUUUAGCACGGCUAACUAGGAUCCAGCCCAAUACGAGCCUCAAGACGAUUGUCACCCUCAGACGCGGACUGGCGUCGCAGUCCAAACCAGCUUCCUUUGCCGAAUACGAUUGGGAGGACGCUCUCCGAGUGGAAAAGAGUCUGCUGACCGAAGACGAGCUAGCAAUCAAGCAGACCAGUCAUGAAUACUGUCAGGAGAAUCUUAUGCCCAGAGUCCUGGAGGCCCAUCGUAAAGAGUCUUUUGAUCCUAAUAUCCUUAAGGAGAUGGGAAAGCUGGGGCUCCUAGGUCCCACCAUCUCGGGUUACGGAUGUGCUGGAGUCUCAUCCGUGGCUUACGGCCUAGUUGCUCGUGAAGUCGAGCGGAUUGAUUCUGGGUACCGUUCGGCGAUGAGCGUGCAAUCAUCUCUAGUGAUGCAUCCGAUCCACGCCUUCGGCUCGGAGGAGCAAAAGUCGAAAUUCUUGCCGGAAUUGGCAAGCGGGAACAUGGUUGGAUGUUUUGGGCUAACUGAACCCGGCCAUGGAUCGGACCCUUCAGGUAUGCUGACCCGAGCAACCGAAGACCCAUCGGGCGGCUAUAUCCUGUGCGGUAGCAAAACAUGGAUCACCAAUGCUCCCAUCGCCGAUGUCUUUGUGGUAUGGGCUAAGUGUGAUUGGGACGGCAAAAUUAGAGGGUUUAUCUUAGAAAAGGGUAUGAAGGGACUUUCCGCGCCGAAGAUCGAGCAUAAACUAUCGCUGAGGGCCAGUACAACCGGCUCGAUAUACAUGGACUCCGUUCCGGUUCCGUCAACGAAUAUCUUGCCGAAAGUGACUGGCCUUAAGGGCCCAUUUUCGUGUCUCAACAGUGCCCGGUUCGGUAUCUCGUUUGGGGUGAUGGGCGCAUUGGAAGAGUGUGUGAAGCGUUCAAGGGAGUAUUCGUUAGAACGGAUUCAAUUUCACAAACCCUUAGCGGCUUUCCAACUCGUCCAAAAAAAGCUGGUGGAUGCCAACACCGAGGCGGUACUCGGCCUGUGUGCUGCAAUUCAACUGGGCCGUAUGAAAGACGCUGGGACAUGGUGUCCCGAGAUGGUCAGCCUCCUCAAGCGCAACAAUUGUGGUAAAGCACUCCAACAUGCCCGGAUCCUCAUGGAUAUAUUCGGUGGAAAUGCGGUCUCGGAUGAGUAUCAUAUCGGCAGGAUCGCCGCUAAUUUGCAUGUCGCUAAUACGUACGAGGGCACACACGACAUCCACACUCUUAUCUUGGGGAAGGCAAUCACCGGUAUUCAAGCCUUCUCAUGA